AUGGACGGCCGACCAGUCCCCCCGCUUGACGGCUCCAUUAAUGUCUACCCCGGCUUCACCGACUUUCACCAUACACACAACCCGAACCGCAUAUGCGCGCAGUUCGCGGCGGACGGUUCGGGAGAGAUCGUGCGCAUCUCUUUUGAGGAGUUUGCGCGUGCGACCCACCGAGUUGCCAGAGCACUACGCGCGGACGGACGCAUGCGCAAUGGCGAGGUCGUUGCACUCAUCGCGCUGUGCGAUACGGUGAUGUACAUGGCGUUGCUCGUGGGUAUGGUCAGAGCCGGGUUGGUUCCAUUCCCGAUCUCCCCGCGCAAUUCAGCGCCGGCGAUACACAACAUGCUCUCGAAGACAGGGUGCCACCGCCUGCUCACCACCAAGGCGUUCCUCAAGCCGCUGCUUGAAAGCUGCCAGGCAGAAUUUGCCGGGAAGGGAUGUGAGCUGGAGAUCGACGAGAUCCCCGCCUUCAUGGAUGUCUACCCGUUACUGGGAAAAGAGACCGCCAACGAUCCAUUCGAGCCCUUCGUGCUGGAGGACUGGAAUCCUGCCAUGGACGAUGUUACACUGUAUCUGCACUCGUCCGGCUCGACCGGGUUCCCGAAGCCCAUCCCGCAGACACACCGCACCGUGCUGCACUGGUGCUCGCUGCCAUGCUCGACCGAGGGCCGGUACCACCCGCGCGAGCUUGUGUGGGGCGCGAUGAUGGCGCCGACGUUCCACACGUUCGGGCUGUACAUGCAGGUGUACAACAAUCUCGUGACGGGGUUCUCGACCGCGGUGUUCCCGCCAAAGUACCCUGCGCCGCCGGUGAUCCCGACGCCCGAGAACACGCUCGCGGCGCUCAAGGCAACGGGGUCGAACACGGCGAUCGCGGUGCCCUCGUUCUUCGAGGCGUGGGCGCACUCGGCCGAGGCGAUCGACUUCCUCGCCACCAUGGAGAUCUGCACAUUCGCCGGCGGGCCACUCUCCGCCAAAGCAGGGAACGCCCUCGUCGCGCGCGGCGUGAAGCUGAACACGACGUACGGCGGCACCGAGUUCGGCGCGCCGUCGCACCUGUUCGACAUCAUCCCCGAGAACAAGGCGCCGGGACUGACGUACAAGGAGCUGAAGGACUGGUCGUGGAUACGCCUGUCGCCGAGGUUCAAGCUGCGGUGGGUCGACCAGGGGGAUGGGACGUACGAGCUGCAUAUGCUGACGAACGAGAACCAUCAGCUUUCGGUGGAGAAUUUGCCGGAUACCAAGGGGUAUGCGACGUCGGACCUCUGGGAGAAGCAUCCGACAAUCGAGGGGCUUUGGCGUUUAGUGGGCCGUACCGACGACGUGCUCGUACUCGCUUCAGGCGAGAAGACCGUUCCCUCGCCGAUGGAAGGACAUAUCCUGCACAAUCCCUUGGUGCAGGGGACGCUCAUGUUCGGCCGGGGACGCGACCAAGUCGGCAUCCUCAUCGAGCCGCACCCUGCACAGGCGAUUGACCCGAAAGACGAGAAAGCCGUUAUCGAGUUCAGGAAUAAAAUCUGGCCCACCGUGGAGGAGGCGAACAAAGAGGCACCGGCCUUCAGUCGUAUAUUCAAGGAGAUGAUACUGGUGACGGACCCCGCCAGGCCAAUGGCGCGCGCGGCGAAGGGGACUGUCAUGCGCAAACUGACGCUUGGGUUGUACGCCGACGAGAUUGACGCGCUGUACAACACCGUCGAAUCGAGCAUGAACACGAAAGGCGUCGAUCCACCGCCCGCUUGGACACCGCUGGCGCUCGUUCAAUGGCUAUCGACACAAGCGGAGCAGAUCAAUGGCGGGCGGAAAAUCGACGCCCAGGACGAUCUGUUCGACAAGGGGUUUGACAGUUUGAGCGCCACGUUCCUGCGUAACAGGAUCAUUGGCGCGCUGCGCAAGUCGGCGGAGCCUGGUGCGAAGCAGGCACUGGCGGGGGUCACGCAGAACAUUGUUUACACGACUCCGACGAUUGUGCAACUCGCGGGCGCGGUCGCGGCACUGCUGAGGCCGGAGAGUGUCAAUGGAAAGGCGUCGCCCACGGAUGCGAUAGAGACGAUGGUGGAGAAGUACUCGGCUCAGUUCCCGAAACCCGUCAGCCCGGAAUCACCGCCAGGGGACGGUGCCGUGGUGCUCCUGACAGGCUCGACGGGCAGCUUGGGCUCGUAUAUCUUGGCUGCGCUGCUGGGUGACGACAGGGUGAAGAGGGUGUAUGCAUUCAAUAGACUCUCGGCGACGAGCCCGACUGUCGACAGGCAGAAGGCCGCUUUUGUGAAUAGAGGCCUGUCAGGAGAUUUGUUAACGUCAAGCAAGGUGGUCUUUGUUGACGGUGACGCGAGUGUCCCGGACCUUGGUCUGGCGAAUGACAUGCGUACGCAUGACGCGAUACGAGAUUCCGUCACGCACGUCAUACAUAACGCAUGGAGGGUCGACUUCAAUCUCGCCUUGCCGUCCUUCGAUCCGAACAUCCGCGCAACUAGGGGCCUCAUCGACUUUGCUCUGACGUCUAAGCACGGGGCGCAGGUAAAAUUCGUGUUCACGUCGUCGAUUACGGUGGCGCAGGCUUGGGACGCGGCAAAGGGGCCAUUCCCGGAAGAGAUUAUACCGAAGCCUGACGCUGCCAUCGGGGGCGGGUACGGCGAGGGGAAGUACGUCGUAGAAAGAGUCCUCGCUGCGGCUGCUGAGGAGACUGGCCUGCGGAGCACGUCUCUGCGCAUCGGACAAAUAUGCGGCGGGGAACCAGACGGCGCGUGGGCGACGACGGACUGGGUGCCUAUACUAGUCAAGUCGAGCUUAGCGCUCAGCUGCCUGCCUGACUCUCAGGGUACUGUCUCGUGGCUGCCUAUGCAAGCGGUAGCAAGGACCGUUCUGGACGUGGGUCUCGCUGCGGGGGAGCCGCCGCUGGCUGUUAACGUCGUCCACCCGAGGCCGGUGAAGUGGACGGAUAUUAUGGAGGUUAUCAGGAAAGCCUUGGGUCACUCCUCUAAGUCGCUAGCCCUUGUAUCGUUUAGCGAGUGGGUUACCCGCUUGGAAAAACGAGCGGCCAAGGCUGAGACGGAUGACCAUGAACAUGUGCCCGCCGUCAGGUUAUUGGAGUUCUUUCGCAAGCUUGCGGCUGCUGACGCUGCGAAGGCGAGGUUGAAAGGUGGUGAGGCGGGAGGAAUCACUACAUUCUCGACUAAGAACGCGCAGGCUCUGAGCCCGACUCUGGGGCAAUUGGCAUGUUUGAAUGAGCGAGACGCUGAAAGGUGGGUGGGGUACUGGAAGUCGAAGGCGUUCAUAUAA